GGCCGGGGGGGCCCUAUGGCCACGCCUGCCCUCCACCCCUCCAUGGGGCCCAGCCUUGGGGGCCCCUUGGGGUCACCCAGCCAGCUCCACUCGCCCAUCAACGGCAUGGGGCCGCCCUUCUCCGUCAUCAGCUCCCCGAUGGGGCCUCAUGCCAUGUCUGGACCGUCCACCCCCAGCCUCGGAUUCGGAGCUGGCAGCCCGCAGCUCAACUCCCCCCUGAACCCCGUGAGCAGCACAGAAGACAUCAAGCCCCCCCUGGGCAUCAACGGGGUUCUCAAAGUGCCAAUGCACCCCUCCUCCAUCAUGCCCGCCUUCACCAAGCACAUCUGUGCCAUCUGUGGAGACCGCUCCUCAGGCAAGCAUUACGGGGUAUACAGCUGCGAGGGCUGCAAAGGCUUCUUCAAACGGACGGUGCGAAAGGACCUGACCUACACCUGCCGGGACAACAAGGACUGCCUGAUCGACAAGCGCCAGCGGAACCGGUGCCAGUAUUGCCGCUACCAGAAGUGCCUGGCGAUGGGCAUGAAGAGGGAAGCUGUCCAGGAGGAGCGGCAACGAGGCAAAGACCGCAACGAGAAUGAGGUUGAAUCCACCAGCAGCGCUCACGAGGACAUGCCGGUGGAGAAGAUCCUGGAAGCUGAACUGGCGGUGGAGCCCAAGACGGAGACCUACAUCGAAGCCAACAUGGGCCUGACGCCUAAUUCGCCCAAUGACCCGGUCACCAACAUCUGCCAAGCGGCAGACAAGCAGCUCUUCACACUGGUGGAGUGGGCCAAGCGGAUCCCCCAUUUCUCGGAGCUCCCACUGGACGACCAGGUCAUCCUGCUCCGAGCCGGUUGGAACGAGUUGCUGAUCGCCUCCUUCUCCCACCGAUCCAUCGCGGUCAAAGACGGGAUCCUCCUGGCCACAGGCCUCCACGUCCACAGGAACAGUGCCCACAGUGCGGGAGUCGGGGCCAUCUUUGACAGGGUAUUGACCGAACUUGUGUCGAAGAUGCGAGACAUGCAGAUGGACAAGACCGAGUUGGGGUGCCUGCGAGCGAUCGUCCUCUUCAACCCAGACUCAAAGGGCCUCUCUAACCCUGCUGAGGUUGAAGCACUGCGGGAAAAGGUCUACGCCUCACUGGAGGCCUACUGCAAACAGAAGUACCCUGAGCAGCCAGGGAGGUUUGCCAAGCUGCUGCUCCGCCUGCCCGCCCUCCGGUCCAUCGGCCUGAAGUGCUUGGAGCACCUCUUCUUCUUCAAGCUCAUAGGGGACACGCCCAUCGACACCUUCCUGAUGGAGAUGCUGGAAGCGCCACACCAGAUGACUUAA